AUGUUUGAGCUUCUUGAUGGUAUUGUUGAGGAAAUUGGGAAGCAAAAUGUUGUUCAAGUUGUAACUGACAACAGGAGCAACUAUGUUCUAGCCGGUAAGUUGCUGAUGGAGAAAAGACCGAAUUUGUUUUGGACCCCGUGUGCUGCCCAUUGUUUGGAUUUGAUGCUUGAAGACAUUGGAAAGUUACCGUUAAUCCAAAAAACCAUAAAAAGUGCCAUUUCUUUGGUUAGUUUUACUUAUAGCCACUCUAGCACUUUAUCCAUGUUGAGACAAUUCACAAAUGGCAAGGAAUUAGUGAGGCAUGUAGUCACCCGAUUUGCCACUUCAUUUCUCUCUUUGGAAAGGCUUUAUGAGGAGAAAGAAAAUCUAAGAAGAAUGUUCACUUCGGAUGAGUGGGUAAGGAAUAAGUUGUCAAGGGAGGCAAAGGGGAGGGAGGCAACAAAGAUUGUUAUUAGGCCCUCCUUUUGGAAUCAUGUCAAGUACACCCUUAAGAUCAUGGGGCCUCUUGUUCAGGUGCUUCGACUUGUUGAUGGGGAGAAGAAGCCGCCAAUGGGUUAUAUAUAUGAAGCAAUGGAGAAGGCAAAGGAAUGCAUCAUGAAAACAUUUUCUAAUGAUGUGAGCAAAUAUUCUAAAGUUUUUAAAAUCGUUGACAACAGAUGGAAUUGCCAACUUCAUCAUCCGUUGCAUGCAGCUGGUUAUUUUCUGAAUCCGGAUUUGUUUUAUGAUAAUCCUCGCAUUGAAUUGGAUUUAGAAAUUACAAAGGGAUGGUUUGAGUGCAUCACUAGAUUGGUGCCAAGUAUAGCUGUGCAAGAGAAGAUAUUGGAGGAGCAAACACUAUAUAAGGCUGUCUAUGGACUUUUUGGAUCAUCCUUUGCAAAAUCUCAGAGAAAAAAGAUUUCACCCGCAUUUUGGUGGCGGAUAUAUGGGCAUGAAGCUCCAAACAUGCGAGACCUUGCUAUCAAGAUCUUGAGCUUGAUUUGUAGUACUUCUGGAUGUGAACACAAUUGGAGUAUAUUUGAGCAUAUUCAUACUAAGAAAAGAAAUAGGCUUGAUCAUGAAAGGAUGGAGAGCUUGGUCUUCAUAAAGUAUAACCAACAACUCAUCGAGAGGUACAACAUUAAAGAUGAAGUUGACCCUAUUGCACUCAAUGACAUUGAUGAAUGUAAUGAGUGGUUAGUGGGAGAAAUUGGGACUGUCACCUUUCGAGAUGAUGAUAAUAUGGAUGAUGAUGCUGAUUUGGUUCAUCAAGAUGACAACACAUUGAGUUGGAACCUUGUUUUUGAAGCAAUGGGAGGACAUGAGCCUACGACAUAUACUAGAAGACAACAAAAUAGAAAAAGAAAAGAACCUGCAACUACAAGAGGUGGUGCAAAGGGUGGACCAAGUAAUCAGCCAUUUCCGCCAUUUUUCGCAACGCCAUCCGCUAUAACUUUAUGGCGAAUUUUUGGCUCACCGCCAUGA